AUGCUAAAACGAUCGCGAUCUAAAAGCGAAUCUAGUGGUAGUGAUAGCACUGGAAAAACAUUAUUGUCUACUAUGUCAACUUCAACUUCAUAUUUCGGUGAUAGAAAACGAUCAUGUGUAUUUACGACUGACGCAUGUCAAAUAUUAAAUGAAUUGAGAAAAAAUAAUAUGUUAUGUGAUGCAAAAAUCUCAAGCAAAAAACAUAUGACUGAAGAAUCCGUGAAAUUUCCGAUUCAUCGAUUUAUCUUAGCUGCUUCUAGUCCAUAUUUUCACAUGGCUUUUACAAAUAUGCAACAUAGUGAAAAUUUAUUUUUACAAUUAGAUAUCGAAUACGAUGCUCUUGAAUCUUUACUAGAUUACAUUUACACACGUAAAUGUAGCUUAACUUUAGAUAAUGUUAAUAGAAUAAUUGAUGCAGCAAAACUAUGUCAAAUGACAAGUUUAUUUCAAUAUUGUUGUGAAUAUCUUAGACAUAAUUUAAAUGAUGACAAUAUUUUUUAUUUAUACAAUUUUGCUAAAAUGCAUUCAAAUUCAAAGUUAUCAAAUGCAACCUACGAAUAUUUAAUGCGACAUUUUAUCGAAAUAACAAAAAUAAAUAAAAGUUUUCUAAAACUCUCUAUUGAAGAACUUAUUGGAUUUAUUUCAAAUAAUGAUUUGAAUGUACGUAACGAAGAAAUUCUAUUUAGUGCAUGUAUUAAAUGGAUUGACUAUGAUACUGAAAAACGAAAAUCAUUUAUUGCACGAUUGAUUCGUAAUUUACGUCUUGGUUUGAUUCCAUUGCAAUUAUUUAUGACUAAAAUAAAACAACAUUCAUAUAUUAAAGAUAACGAUGAAUGCAAACCGAUUGUAGGAGAAACACUCAGAUUGUUAUAUAAAUUAGAUAACAAUGGACUAAUGGAUGCAGACAUCGAUUGUCCAUUUAUUCGUCCUCGGCAUGCACAUGAAAUGAUUUUUGCCUACGGUGGAUGGUCAGGCGGUAAUGCAACAAACAUGCUUGAAGCUUAUGAUAUUCGAGCUGAUAAAUGGGUAGUGAUUUCAACAGAUCAAGUUCCACCACGUGCUUAUCAUGGUUGUAUUACAGUCGGUAAUAAAAUGUAUGUUAUCGGUGGUUUUGAUGGCACUGAGUAUUUUAAUUCAUGUCGUACAUUUAAUUUAAUUGAUCGCGUAUGGAAUGAAAUAGCACCGAUGAAUGAACGACGAUGCUAUGUUAGUAUCGCUUAUUUAAAUGGUUUACUCUAUGCAAUGGGUGGUUUUAAUGGGCAUGUCAGACAAAGUACAGCCGAGAAAUAUUUAUUUGAAACUAAUCAAUGGUCAACUAUUUCUCCGAUGCGUGUACAACGAAGUGAUGCAUCAGCGUGUACACUUAAUGAUCUAGUUUAUAUUUGCGGUGGUUUUGAUGGACAAGAAUGUUUACAAACAGCAGAAUAUUAUAAUCCAAUUACGAAUCAAUGGACAAUGAUACAACCGAUGAAUAGUCGUCGAAGUGGCGUUGGUGUGAUUACUUAUCAUGGUUUCAUUUAUGCCAUUGGAGGUUUCAAUGGUACAUCACGUCUAAGCACAGGGGAACGAUAUAAUCCAAACAUGAAUAUUCUUGAUGAUCUUAUGUUUGCCAUUGGUGGAUUCAAUGGCUUAACUACAGUAUCGAAUGUUGAAUGUUAUGAUGAUAAAACAAGCGAAUGGUACGAUAUAGCUGAUAUGAAUUUGUUUCGUUCAGCAUUGAGUGCUUGUAUUGUUGAUGGAUUAACGUAUACUAAAAUAUUUCUUCAUUCAAAUGACACAUCGAUGACAAAUAGUUAUUCCACAUCUUUUGUCUCAUUAUCAACUAUAAGAACAAUUCCAUCAUUAGCUGUCGGUUUACCUUCAGUUCCAUUGACCAGUCAUAAUCAGAGCUUGAGAAAUUUUAGUCAUAGUCGUAUUCAAUAA